AGAGUCACAGCCGGACUUCGCAUCCAGCCAGGAGUUGGAUGUGGAGUGGAGAUAGAAGAGUAGGCAUGGAGAGCCUGUCACCCGAGAGACUACAUGGCCAUCCUUACCAGGAGGAGGCCUCUGUCUUCUGCCGGCUCACUGUGAAAAUCCUGGAGGCUCGGAGUCUGCCCAGGGCUGACCUGUUGAGUCAGGCAGAUCCCUAUGUGACUGUGCAGCUGCCAACAGCUUCUGGAAUGAAAUUCAAGACCCAAACAGUCACUAACUCCAGUCAUCCUGUGUGGAACGAGACCUUCAGUUUCCUCAUCCAGAGUCAGGUCAAGAACAUUCUAGAACUAACUAUCUAUGACGAAGACGUAAUUACGAAAGAUGACAUCUGCUUCAAGGUUUCUUAUGAUGUCUCAGAAAUCCUUCCUGGACAGCUGCUCCAGAAAACCUUCAGCCUGAAUCCUCAGGGACCAGAAGAGUUAGAUGUGGAGCUCCUAAUGGAAAGAACGUGGGACCCUCCAGAAAACCUCAUCACCAACAAUGUUCUUGUGGCCCGAGAACUGUCACACCUGGAUGUCUCCCUGGACAGAGCCGGGAACACCGCCAUGGCAGCAGGCCAGGACAAACUAGAGCUGGAGCUUAUGCUGAAGGGGUCAUAUGAGGACACACAGACAUUUUUCCCGGACACAGCUUUUACCUUCAGCUUCCACUACAUGAGGGGCCAAGACACAGAACUGAAUGGGUACCUGAGGGGCCCCAGAAACAGUGGCUGGAACUCAGAUACCUCGGUGACACCUUUCAAUGUACCCCUGAUGUCGUUGGCCGCAGGGAAGGAGAUGACCAUAGACAUUCCUGCUAUGAAGGCUCCAGAAGGGAAGCUGCAGCUUAAGACAGACUGUUGCCCCAAAGAGCUGUCUGUGAGGCUGAGCUAUGGGCUCUGUCCCGAGGAGCAGGCCUUCCUAAGCAGGAGGAAGAAGGUGGUGGCUGCCGCCCUGAAGCAGGCUCUGCAACUGGAUGAAGACUUGAACGAAGAUGAGGUCCCUGUUGUGGGCAUCAAUGCUGAGGGAGGAGGUAUGCGGGCUAUGAUCUCACUCUACGGCCACCUACUGGCGCUUCAGAAGUUGGGCCUCCUGGACUGUGUGACCUACUUCAGUGGCAUCUCAGGCUCUACAUGGACAAUGGCCCACCUGUACAGGGACCCAGAGUGGUCACAGAGGGACCUCGAAGGACCCAUCAGUCAUGCUAGGGAGCAUGUGGCUAAAACCCUGCUGAAGGAAUUCCUCCCCGAACACUUGGCAAGCUACCGCCAGACACUGAAGCUUCGGGAAGAGCAGGGCUACACCGUCACGGUAGCAGACCUGUGGGGCCUGGUGCUGGAGUCCAAGCUGCAUGGGCAGGUGACAGAUCAGAAGCUGUCAGGACAGAGAGCUGCACUGGAGAGGGGUCAGAACCCUUUGCCUCUCUACUUGAGCCUCAAUGUCAAAGAGAACCAUCUGGAAACCCUCCACUUCAAGGAAUGGGUAGAGUUCUCUCCCUAUGAAGUUGGGUUUCUGAAAUAUGGAGGCUUUGUCCCUUCUGAGCUCUUCGGCUCUGAGUUCUUCAUGGGACGGCUGAUGAAGAGACUUCCCGAGUCCCAGAUUUGCUUUCUGGAAGGUAUCUGGAGCAACCUUUUCUCUGUGAACCUGAUGGAUAUCUGGUAUGACAUCACCUAUGGGAAAGACUCAAACAAUUUCCCUGUGGAUGUCCGGAACUCAGAGAAGGAGUUCUCAGGCUCAGCAGGAACCUCCUCUGGUGUGGAGGCCCCAUGGCUGGAGUCUGGAACAGCUCUGGCCCAGGCACUUAAGGGCUUUCUGACUGGCAGGCCAUUCCACCAGCGUAGCGCCAACUUCCUCCAUGGCCUCCAGCUGCACCGGGACUACUGUAACCAGAGACACUUCUCCACCUGGGCGGAUUGCAACCUAGAUGACACCCCGAAUCAGCUGACCCCACAGGACCCUCAGCUCUGCCUAAUUGAUGCUGGCUGCUUCAUGAACAGCAGCUGUCCCUCCCUGUUCCGCCCAGGUCGCCAAGUGGACCUCAUAAUCUCCUUCAAUUACAACCAAUCCCUUCCCUUUAAGGGGCUGCAGCAAUCUGAGAAAUACAGCAGAGCUCGGGGCCUGCCCUUCCCCCGUGUGGAGCCCAGCCCAGAGGACCACAGCCAGCCCCAGGAAUGUUACCUCUUCUCAGACCCCACCUGCCCGGAAGCACCCGUUGUGCUGCACUUCCCGCUGGUCAAUGACUCCUUCAGGGAUCACUCAGCCCCUGGUGUCAGGCGCAGCCCUGAUGAGCUCAAGGCUGGGCAGGUGAAUCUCACAGGGGCUGCCUCCCCCUACUUCAUGUACAACAUGACCUACAAGAACGAAGAUUUCGACCGGUUGCUUCAGCUCUCUGACUACAAUGUUCAGAACAACCAGGGCACUAUCCUGCAGGCCCUGAGGACAGUUCUGAAACGGAGGGCUUCAGAGACCAGGCCAUUGGGAGUGAAGACGUGAGGCUUCUCAGGGGGUCUCUGAGGCUCUGAAGACCACACUAUGAUCCUCCAACUUCCAAGGGCUUAACUCAGCCUGCAUCUAGGCACAGUGGCAGUGCCUUUGGCUGGAGCUUCCAGUUCUCCACCCACAUUUGUAUUUCUGGCUGGAGGGAAAGGACCCCUUCCAUGGGGCUCAGCUUCCUCAGGGCCUGGCUGAGCGACAGUCUUGCACACCUAUGGAAGCCACUGCAGCUGGCCUCACUGCCCAGAGGGCGUACCCCACCCUCCAUCCUUCCCUGUGUUUCCAGUUGGUCCUAGAGGAAUUGAAUACCUCCUGUGACACGUACAUAAGACACCUGAUGGCAGCAGACUGUUCACUGCUAAUGGACAUCUCCUUAGUUUUUGUAGUUUGAACUUGAAUCCUGCAAUCUUCAGUUCACCAGCUUGAAUACUUUUUGGUGGAUUCUGGAGGGAAUUCAGUUAUGGAUCUUGCGAUCUAUGAAAGAAAUGGUCUUCCUUCCUCCUUCCUGGUUCGAAUGUGUUUUAUUUCUUGUUCUGACUGAAUUGCCCUGACUAGAAUCCUGGACAUUGUGCUCCACGGACACGGCAAGAGUAGCCAUCCUUGGUUUUAUUUCUGAUAUGGAAGGACAGCAUCAAGGCUUCCUACCGUUUUGCUGUUCAAUCUUAAGUGGGUUUGGGUUUUGUCAGAUUGAAAACAUUCUGUUCUGUCCCUAGUUUGUUGAGUGGUUUUGUUGUUAGUGAUAUCAUAAAAAGGUAUUGAAUGUUGUCGCG